AUGGGCAUCGCUUCAGCAGGCACCGAGCAGACUGGCACCGCUGUCCAGUGCAGGAGCAGCAGCCUGGAAAAUGUUCUCAUCAAAGACGAGCACCUCCAGCUGUGUCAGUUCCUGUGGGUUUUGAGGGCCCUACCUGGAAGACUGGAAAGCCAGGAAGCAGAAAAAGAGGCCAUCCGCGUGCAGAAGGGAGCGACAUCAAAACGGAAGGGAAACGGCGAAGGAAGUGCCCGUGGGAGGAGAAGGAAGAAGCCCAUCCUGCAGGCGGCUCUCUAUGGGAGCAGUAGAGGAACAGUGGCAGUGAAGAGCUCCACGGGGACGGGCAGCCUUCCCGUGCAGCUGGCAGCCAGAAAUAGAGCUCCAUCGCAUCCCGUGGGGAGCUGCAAGAUGCAGAGCUUGCGGCCAGCAGUCUUGAAGACGCUGACUAAGCUUACCAUCAAGGCCACAGCUUACCAUCAGCCCCAACAGCUGGAGCUGCGUGUGGUGAAAAUGGAGUCCCACUCUGCAAGCUGGGGUCCGGUACCACCUGCAGGAUCUGGCCUAGAAAGCAGCUACUGCUUCAUUACGGAUGGAAUCGCUCCGCCACAAAGGAUGCUUUUCCCACCCGAGAAGAUUUCUGUGGCUUGGCGGCAAAGGCAAAGUGUUGGAGCUGGACUCCACAACCUGGGCAACACGUGUUUCCUCAACUCUGUUCUGCAGUGUUUGACCUACACUCCCCCUCUGGCCAAUUACAUGCUUUCCGGGGAACACAGCCAGUCGUGUCGUGCGCAAGGCUUCUGCAUGCUGUGCACAAUGGAGACGCACGUUAACCAGGUCCUGUUCUGCUCUGCCAGUGCCAUCGAGCCUACGGCUGUCUUCAGUGACCUUAGACGGAUAGGGGAGCACUUCUGUUUUGGCAGACAGGAAGAUGCUCAUGAAUUCUUACGUUACACCGUGGCUGCUAUGCAGACAGCUUGUUUGAGCGGAAGCACCGACUUGGACAGCUCGUCGCAAGCCACCACGGUCAUUCACCAAAUAUUUGGAGGGUUUCUACGAUCCAGAGUGACGUGCUUGAGCUGCCAAGCAGUUUCGGACUCCUAUGAGGCGUUCCUUGAUAUCCCUUUGGAGAUAACGGCAGCCUCCUCGGUCUCUGGAGCGCUGGAAGAAUUUGUGAGACCUGAACUGCUGGAUGGUGAGAAUUGCUACAAAUGCAGCAAGUGUGAGAAGACGGUUGCUGCGUCCAAGAGGUUUACAAUUCAUCGCUCUUCCAACGUUCUCACCAUAGCCCUGAAAAGAUUUGCCGAUUUCACUGGUGGGAAGAUUAGCAAGGACGUGAACUAUCCAGAGUAUUUGGACCUUCGAGCGUACAUGUCUGAGUCAGCUGGAGAGCCAGUCCGCUACGCCUUGUACGCCGUGCUGGUGCACAGAGGUGCCAGCGGUCGUGCAGGGCACUAUUUCUGCUUCGUCAAGGCCAGUAAUGGACUGUGGUAUGAGAUGAAUGAUGCCUCGGUAGUCCUUUGCGACAUCAACACCGUUCUCAGUCAGCAGGCGUAUUCACUUUUUUAUAUCAGGUGCUCUCGGGAGCUGUCCAACGCCAGCAAGGAGAAAUUGAGGCCGGAGGUGGUGUAA